AACAUGAAUACCUCGGUUCUCACCCCACUGGGAAAUAUUUCCGGUCAUCUGAAUUUUUCGGAGAUGAACUCGCAGAUCUUGCAGUUUGAGGAUGAAGAUUGCCAUGUGCCUUUGGCCAUGGUCUUCACUUUGGCCUUGGCUUAUGGGACUGUGAUAAUUCUGGGAGUCUCUGGGAAUCUGGCCUUGAUCGUCAUUAUUUUAAAACAAAAGGAGAUGCGCAACGUCACCAACAUCCUCAUUGUCAACCUGUCGUUUUCUGAUCUCCUAGUGACCAUCAUGUGUCUUCCCUUUACCUUUGUGUACACUUUAAUGGACCACUGGAUUUUUGGGGAGGCCAUGUGCAAGCUGAACCCUUUUGUGCAAUGUGCUUCCAUCACCGUCUCCGUCUUUUCUUUAGUCCUCAUUGCUAUUGAGCGCCAUCAGCUGAUCAUAAAUCCCCGCGGCUGGAGGCCGAACAACAGACAUGCCUACAUGGGGAUUGCUGCCAUAUGGAUUUUAGCCACAGCUUCCUCUUUGCCUUUCCUGAUCUACCACGUAUUAACAGAUGAGCCCUUCAGAAAUGUAACAUUUGAUGAAUAUAAGAACAAAUAUGUGUGCUUGGACCUGUUCCCCUUGGACACUGCCAGGCUUUCUUAUACCACAACGCUUUUGGUGAUUCAGUACUUUGGACCACUUUGUUUUAUAUUUAUUUGCUACCUGAAGAUAUACAUACGGUUGAAAAAAAGGAACAACAUGAUGGACAAGAUGAGAGACAGUAAGUACAGAUCCUCUGAAACCAAAAGGAUCAACAUCAUGCUGAUUUCAAUAGUGGUCGCAUUUGCAGUUUGCUGGCUGCCUCUCACUAUCUUCAAUAUCGUGUUUGAUUGGAAUCAUGAAAUUCUGCCUGUUGCUACCUGCAGCCACAACCUGUUGUUCCUGAUUUGCCACCUCACUGCCAUGAUCUCCACCUGUGUGAAUCCCAUCUUCUACGGGUUUCUCAAUAAGAACUUCCAAAGAGACCUGCAGUUUUUUUUUCAUUUUUGUCAUUUCCACUCCCGUGAGGAGGAUUAUGAGACUAUAGCCAUGUCUACCAUGCACACAGAUGUUUCAAAAACCUCUUUAAAGCAGGCAAGCCCCAUCACAUUUAAAAAAAUAAAUAGUGAUGAUGAAAAAAUAUAAAGAAGUAAUAAAAAUUCUACACCAAACUGCAAGAAGUGUGAUUGCAGGUGAAGUGUGUCCAAGGACAAGCACAAUUGCAUAACAAGUACAAAAAGGGUAAUGUUUUUCUUCCUUUUCCAAGGAACUUUGAUUGUUGUCGCUUUGAAAUUACGUGCUGUGCAUUUUUGCCCCGUUUACUGCUUUAAUACAGAAGUUAUAUCUGAAUUUUAUUGUAAGAUAUAGUCAGACCUGCUACUACCUAUGGUUUUCAUCAGCUGUUUUUGUUCUGUUUUCUUUGUACAGUUCUGUGCUUCAGUACAAAGGUUUACUUACUGAUUUUUUUUCAAAGAAGUAGUUUUCAGGAGUGUCCAUUUAAGACCAUUAGAAACAAAAUGAACCACAGAGACACUGUCAUUACAGAGGAUAUC